AUGAUCAACCACAUUCUCCUUGCCUCCCUGGGGCUCUUAGCUGCAGCAAAGCCGUUCGACUGUGGCACCGACACUGCACAUGCAUCGGAUGAUUUCCUGAAAUCCAUCUCUGCCCUCUACGAAGACAACAAGAAUGGCUCGCCAGCAGCACGUGCUGCCCUCGCCGCCCGCGAUGGGGACAACAACUCGCACAUCGAAGUCGACGCUGUCUUCCACAUCGUGGCGAAGGGCGAGCACAAAGGCGAUAUAUCCGACAGCAUGCCAGCAGCACAGCUAGACUCCCUAAACGAAUCCUACAAGGACUACGGCUUCUCCUUCAACCUCGUCAACGUGACCUGGACCACCAACGACCAGUGGGCCGUGGGCGAAGGCGACAGCGACCUCGAGAUGAAGAAAGCCCUCCGCCAAGGCACCUACCGGACCCUCAACAUCUACUUCCAAACGGACAUAGGCCAUGUUCUAGGACGCUGCACGCUGCCGUCGAGCGUGGGCUCGAACGCGGACCCAUCCGUGUACGCCAACGACGGCUGCAACGUCAACGCCAACACGAUGCCAGAGGGCCUCAUGGACGGCUUCAACAAGGGCAAGACGGCGGUGCACGAGACGGGCCACUGGCUGGGCCUGUUGCACACGUUCGAGGGCAAGUCGUGCGACGGGCCUGGCGAUUACAUCAGCGACACUGCGCAGGAGAAGGAGAGCACCGAGGGCUGCCCGGAGAGCAAGCGUACGUGCCCUGACUCCGGCCAGGACGACCCCAUCCAUAACUACAUGGACUACUCUAUCGAUAGCUGCUACACAGGCUUCACGCCGCUCCAGCAUGAUCGUAUGCAUUCCAUGUAUAACAUGUACCGGGAUGGUCACUGA